AUGAACUCGAAUAUCAUACUCGCUACUGUAGGGGAGUCAUUCAUUUGUCUGCAAGAGGUUCUCCACAAUCAGCUUGAGGAUAUUCGAGCGGGGUUGAAUCCCACUCAAGGUUCUGAAUCUCAGAAAUGGGCAUAUAUCGGGGUCGGUCGAGACAAUGGCCAUGAAGCUGGGGAAUAUUCCCCGAUAUUCUAUCGCCCUGCAGUCUGGGAAUUACUGCAUUGGGAGACAGUCUGGCUGUCCGAGACACCUUCCAAGCCGUCGAAGAGCUGGGAUGCGGCCUCUAUUCGCAUUGUCACCAUCGGCGUAUUCACCCACCGAGCCAGUGGAAAUACCGUCCUCGCCUUGAACACUCACUUGGAUGAUCAGGGGCCUCGCUCACGGCUCGAAGCUGCCCGCAUCAUUCGCUCCAGGAUCCAGGGAUACCAGCGGGGACAAUAUGGAGGCUUCAUCUCGGGCACCUUCUUGGCUGGUGAUCUCAACAGCCAAGAGAACCAGGAGGCAUAUGUUGAUCUCACAGGGUCUGGAGAUUUGCGUGAUACAUUCAAGCUGGUCGAUGCCUCGCGACGAUAUGGCAACAUCGUUACCGCGACUGGAUUUGGUUAUGGAGGCCAUCCAGAGCGCAUUGACUACAUUCUACUGGGGUCCGAGGGCAACCAGACAUGGCGAGUAGACGGGUACUCUGUAAUGCCAAAUCGGUUCGAUGAUGGAGUGUUCAAUUCGGAUCAUCGGGCUGUUGUUGCAGACCUUACUCUCAUGGGCUAG